AUGCACAGCUGGGUGAGCAGCCGCAGCACCAACAAUGGCGGGGGCGGAAAUGGGUUUGGUGCAAGUAGCGUCGAUAUGCUUGCAGAAGAAAGGAGUAGCCUGCAACUCAUCAUCGAUGCACUCAACGUUAUGUCCAGUUACUACGACACUGGGCGGAUGAGCGGGAAUAGCAGCAGAAACAGCAAUGGCAGCGGCGGGGUAGUCGUCACAGAGGCAGAGGCAGUGGAUUUGCUCGGCAUGUUGCCGCGUGUCCUACGUAGCAGCAUAGCGUCCACCACCUUGCAGCAGAAAGAACAACAUCGUCAGUUAGUUGCUGCCGAUGGGGUCGCACGCCCACCACAGCUCUCCCGUCUGGCCACACUCUAUCGUCUCUUGUUCACCCCGCUCCUCUCGUCGUCAUCGUCUAGUGAAAGUGAUGUGCUGAACUGCAUUGCGCGUGUGAUGAUGUGUGGAUGUGGUGCGAGGAGCAGCGAGGCAUCCGUUUGGUUUCAGACGGACUUCCGACAGGUAACAGCGGCCGCUGAAAUGGAGCAAGGGAAAGCGAAGGCAGUGGAAUCCGUCACCAUAGCGGCGCUGCAUUCCCUCAGUGACAUUGUGUGGAUCUGUCUACACGAGGGUGAAGAGAUACGGAGUCCUUCUGGUGGCCAUUCUUCCGCAUCACGUUCCUCUUCUACUGCGCCGUCCUCCGGCGUUGGUGUUCUGGACAGUGAGAUGCAAAUGUUGCUGCGGGACGCCCUUGGCCGCUCGCUUUGCCAGUCCGGUCUCUUUGAGCACCUCUGGCGCUCCGUGCUGUUUCUCCCCAUUGAGGACACCCAACGUGUGGCAGUCGUGCGGAUCCUCUACGAUGUGAGCCGUGCAGGUGUUCUGCGGCUCCCUACCGUCAUUGCGCAGACGCGGUAUUCCACCCUUCCUGAUGUGUGGGGUGAACGUGUGGCGGAGUGCAUUCUCUCCGACCCCGCUCCUGUCGUAAAGGAGUGCCUCGCCGCGAUGCUGCGCGAAGGGUUGUUAUCUGCAUUGGUUAGCAGAAACAAUGGUGGUGAUAAUCAUGGUUAUGAUUACCUUCAUUGGAGAAGGUGGCUGACCAACGCCUCUCUUUGGCACUUGCUCCGUGUUGUGGCGUUAGAAACUUGCUUUGAAGUGCUGCAGCCAGUGCUCUGUACACUGUUGCUGGCGUUGGAACAGGAACACCUACAGCAACGGGAGGGCAGACAGUGUCAGCGGCGAGCCGCUGGCAGCCCUUCAGAAGGACGGAUUGACCUGGUGGCGGUGGUGACCGUCUGUAGCACGACGUUGGCGCAUCUCUUCAGUGGCCCAGGUGCGGUGAACGUAAGGGUUUGGGGUGUUGAUAACGAUGCGGAGUUACGAACCAGUCGCCUUCGCGUUUCCGGGGUAGUGCGGCUGCUGCGUCUUGCACUGCAGGGCGUUGACCGGUUGCUGAUGCAACCUGGCGAAAGCGGCCCCCGAAACGGUAGUGAUGCCGAUGCUGUGAAGGAGGCGUGUCUGCUUCUGCGUACGUGUCUGGAUAAGCAGGUGAUGACCGCCACGCUAAAAUGUGUGGAGAAGCCGCCCCAUAGGACCGGGCGCCCCUUCGCGACACGGGCAAUGCGAACCGAGAUGGUGCGGCUUCUGCGCGACCUCGUUGAGCGCGCCUCCCCGCCACUGUUCUUCUUGGCAGGCAAUUUGGGGCCGUACGUGCCAGCGAUGCUGCAGGUGAUUCUUGACGCUGGAGAAGACUGCGCGCAGGAGGAAGGCAGUUGUGGUGUCGCCGAUGGCUCGCUUCCACCGUGCAGCCCGUCGCUGUGUCAGGUGUGCAGUGAAACUGUGGAGAUGGUGUUGCUGUUGGGUGUGGCGAUGUGGCAGUCGCCCGCGGUGCGGGAGCAAUUCACGGCGACGCUCGCUGCCCUGCAGUGCACGCCAGCGCAACGCGGGCUGUUGUUCGAUGUGCUGGAGAAUUUAGCCCAAACAGCGCCGGCGCACGCUGUGGAGAGUCUUCUUGUCGUUGACGCCGUUGGUGUCGUGGUGAAUGAGCCGAGUAGGUUGCGCUGGACCGAUAACCAACCGCAGUUGAGCUCGGUUCAGCGACUCUUGCAGCAGCAACGCCAGAAAGCGGAUGGUGGGGUGCGGCGCAGGGCCUCGGAGAGCGCGAUGCCCGAGGAGCGGUGGGCCGCCGUGCAGCAACAGCGGCACACGUUGGGUUUGCAGCACACCCGCGCCGCUGGCACCCUUCUGUGGUUCAUCCUACAUCACCUUCGCAGCGACCGGGGAAAAACAGAGGCGCAGGAUGAGGAGGAGGAGGAGGAGGCCAGUGGCGUCUCUCUCUCCCCAAUUCAAUUAAGUGGUAGCGGCAGCACAGUAAAGGCGCGUGUGGAAAGCGAGCCCGAUGGUGUUGUCGCGGUGGUGGCUGAACUUCAGAAAGACCGUUGCCGUGACGACGAUGUGCCCUGCCUCGAGUCACCGCCCCACACUCUAAUACGGCACCGGCAUCACGAAGAAAAAAGUCUGGAGUCGGAAAGACAUGACGGCACAACUGAUGCGCUUUGGCUGUACCAGACGUACGGCAUUCACCCGCCGAUUCCUUCGCGGCACCCUCCACGGCAACAGCAAGAGAAGAAUGUGGCGAUAACGACAAGGGCAACGAAGAUAGUGUCGGCGCCGGUGACUAAUAUCGUAGUACACAGAAACACAGUGAGUUUGUGGGACCGGGUGCGGCAGCGUCAAUUGGAAAGCACUGCGGCGGAGGAGAGUGCGUACCACGCUGCCUUGGGGUUGUUCGCCUCUCUUGCCUCGCGCUACUACCGGCACCUCCUCACACCGCAGGCGGCCCUCAAGUACCUGCAGCAGCAGCAGCGUGUCGGGCCCAUGCAUCCACCGCUGCUCAGGCCGCACGAAAGCACGCACACGUGCAGCCCGCUACGACCAGCAACAGCGGGGAGAAACAGCGGCGCCGCGUUGCGCCUGUGGACGGCGCGUGAUGUGCGGAAAGAAGACCUUUUCUUGUUUGUGCUCCCCAUUCAGGAGGUGAAGGAGGCAGCGCUGGUGGCCCUCGUGGAGCGUUGCAGGUCGCACCAGAAGGCACUGCAGCGAUCCCUGCGGAUUGCACCGCAGGCACCGCGUGGACGCCGCUGGUUUCUGGACGACGCGGCGACGAAUAUCAUGGGUCGCCUCAUUGCGCUGCUGCAGAUCCUGUUGCAGCACAUCCAGCGUGAAGGGGAGCAGGCGGUGCAGGACGCCCUCGCGCAGAUGCCACCAUUUCCUGUGGAAGUGAUGGAAUUAAACGACGAGGCGGCGCACCGGCGUCUGUACGAAAGCGCAAAGCCGCAGGAACUGCACUGUGGCACCGUUGUGGAGGUGACGAAGUUUGUCGUUCGAUCCUUUGCACGCGACGCAAAGCCCGUUGGGGGAGAAGUGGCUGUGAGGCAGACGCUCCGGCCCGGUGUCGGGUGA